UGAAAACAUCACAAAUUCUGUCUCUCUCUCUCUCUCUCUCUCUCUGUCUCUCUCUCUAAUCCUCCUAGAAUUUUCCCAUCUUUCUUUCUCUCCCACUUCAACAAAAUUUGCAGUCUCUCACACACCCAAAUAAAGAAAUAGUUACUAAUUAGUUCACCAACAAUUCAUACAUAUAUCUAUCAAUUGUCUUGGUUUUGGGAAUCUAGGAAGAAACAAGAGGGCAUUGUCUGGUGUAGUAAGGUGGUGGGUAGUGAUUGCCCAAUUCGGUACGCAAGCUGUUGAGAAACUGACUUUCCCUCUCUCUCUCUUGCACUUUCUCUCUGUUUCCCUCUCGUCCAGAAAGUGAUUCAAAAUGGCGGAAAAUCCAAAGUUGGCGGACAUGGGAACCCAGAAAAUCUCUGUUUCUGAGCAAACAAACAGCUUACAGUUCACGAAUUUCAAAUCUGAUAGCUUCGUAGUGGACAUGGAACGCUUGUCUCAUCUCACCGAUAAAGACAUAACUGCAAAUUCAAGAUUCACAUUGCAGAGAAACCUUUCAAGAAAGUUGUCGCAACAGCGAGGCAGUGAGAAGAAGAUUAAUCCAAGUAUUGGCAAUGAAAAUGACAAUGGCGUUGUCUCUACGUCUUCACCUAGAGCUACUUUAACUGGGGCUAGCACGCCUGAAAAGCCCAUGGUGGUUACAGUGGGGACUAGUACAGAUCAACCUAAGACCCCACACUUCCAUCAUCAGAUCACUAUCAUGACUGGAAACAUCGGUGCCACCACUACUGAAAGCAGAGGCAGCGGCAAGAGAUUCAGUUUCCGGCGCUCUCCUUACUCCUGGGCCGUUGAUCCUAGGAGGAUCGUUUUCUUGUUUGCCACCUUGUCAAGCAUGGGAACUAUAUUACUGAUUUACUUCACACUUUCCAUGGGCAAAAUUAGUGGGGAUGACAGUGCUAUGAAUGUGUAGUGGUGACAAGCAAUGCUGGCUCUAAAUAAGAGAGAAAAGAAACAGAAGAUAAUUCUAGCACUCCUAGUCGCACAAUGUGAUAAAAAUGAUACUAGAAAUUUCAAAAUGCGAUCGUACAGUUGAGACUAAGAGUGUAUUGGGACACGACUCAAAUGAUCUCAUGCUUUAGAAAUAACCGGCUUUCUUUCAUUAAGAAUAUUGCGACAAACGAUAGUGGAAGCACAAAAAGAAAGCAAAAACAAACCGAGCUUCCAUGACGACAAAGAAGAUGGAAUAUUGAGACAGCGAAAAGCAAAGAAAAGCUUCAAAUUCGGCAAAUUUUCACUUUCCUCAGGACACAUUUUUAAUAUUAUUUCGAGACAAAGACAAGAACAUAGAGCACUAUGACAAAGAUGGGGAAUCUUUACUAAUAUAUGAUCAAAAUGUGCUGUAACCUUUUUUUUCUGCUUGAGUUUUUUUUGUUGGUAUCUCUCUGCACAGCUUAAUAGAGGAUUACAAAGUUACUUUUGAUUUCCUUUCUUUUUC